GCCGUCGGCUGAACUGGUUUCAGUCUGUUGAAGAAGCUUUUCCGGUGUACACCCCAUCAACGCUCUACGUCUCGAUUCGUUUGUAAGGGACGACAACAGGGCAGCAGCAGCAGUGUUUGUUGUGGCCGAGAUAAGUGAGUCAACAUUUCGGUGGACGGGGUUUUGUGCGCAACAAGUUGGUGGUAUCUGGUGCAGUCGCAGAUUUCGAGGAUAACCGACACCAUGAUGGACAAUACUGCGAGGAAUGCAGUGAAUUGCUGAAGAUAAGUGUGGAAUUGAAGGGUGUUGAAAACAAUUACGUGAAGUGAAUAAAUUGAACAAAGCUAUAAAAAAAACAAUCAAAAAGGACUGUAAAGCCUAAAGUGUUUGUGAGCAAGCCUCGAGCUUCAUCAAUCAAGUGGAUAUCGAAUUCCAUUCUUCUCGGAGCAGGACCCCACAAAGUCAAGAUAUCGUUCCGCAGCAGAUCCACCCCCAAGGAAUCCGCCAUGAAGACGGAGGAGAAAACGAACGUACCCCGGGUACGGAUAGCGGUCCUCGGGAACAUGAACGUUGGCAAAUCAGCCCUCACAGUGCGAUACCUGACGCGGAGGUUCAUCGGCGAGUACCGGUCCAACACGGACCUGCUGUACAAGCAAACAGUCACGCUGGACAGCGGCGUGCUGGACGUGGAGAUUGUGGACAUCUCGGCGGAGAAUGGUGAUGAUUUCCCCGUGGAGCAGAUCCAGUGGGCGGACGCGUGCCUCGUCGUUUACAGCAUUACAGACCGAACGAGCUACGAGUACGCCCAGCGGUCACUGGCCGAGCUGCGCCAGCUGCAGAACUCGCCCUCGGCCUAUCUGAUCGGGAACAAGGCCGACCUGGACCACUUGAGAGAGGUCCAGGAAACGGAAGGAGCCACCCUGGCGGCGUCCCACGCCAUCGGCUUUUGCGAAGUGUCCGUCGCAGACAACUCACCCUCACUUUAUAAAGCCUUUGAGCGGUUGCUGGCCGAGUCUCGCGCUCGACCCGUCAAACCGCGAAAGUUCUCCGUUAGCAAAAUGUUCGGUACCCUCAUCGGCAACAACGGAACCCGGCAGUCGGCGGCCACGACAGUCAGCGGUACGGUUGUGCCCUGCCACAAGGGCGAACUGCACAAGUUGAAGCGACGUCCAAUGCACCACACGGCCUCGCUAUGACCGACAUCGACGACAACGACGGCCGAGGACACUGCAUAAGGCGGUGGUUUGUUUUGCUGUUUUGGGAUUCCGCGGAAUCCGACUCCAAGCCGGUGCGAUGUACUCCGUAGCAGAGCAGAGUGUACAGUAUUUAGUAUUAGGUCUAGCCUUAGAAUGUGGUUUAUACACACACGCACUCUCCAUUGACUGACAGUGGUCGGUAUCUUGGCGUUGGACGGAGGAAUUUCGGCGUACAAGACACGCGUCUUGGGGCUAACGUCGCGCGGGAUUAAACAAAAAUGUGAUUUAAAUUUAGCUUUCUGUAUACACUACGAGCCAAGCGUGCAGGGCAUACUUAACACACACUAACCGUACACAUUUCGUAGCAUACCCCACCAAACUAGUCCAAACUCACUGAUACAACUCUGUGCACUUAAAGGCCGAUAAUUUCCAAUGCAAACAGCCCAUCACUUUAUCGUUUUAGAUAAGGUGAUCCCGGGUGAGCAUUUACAUGUAGUGUAACUCAAUCCUUUGUGACAUCUCUUGUAAUUAAGAAACGCUCAGAAAUAAGUCGUGAAAACCUACAAGGACAAUACGUAAGGCGCACAACAGCCCCCGGUCGAACGCGUUGGGACUUUUCCACUGUCCUAAUUAUUAUUCCGUGGACCACGUGUACACAUAUGUCGACUUAAUCGCUACUAACGAUGAGGGAAAAUUUUCCACGGGAUAACAACGAUGGCGAUAUGUUAGCGCAAUGUAGCGAAAGAUAUCCGCACUGACAGCGUGUUUUUCUGCGAAAAGUACACGUGAAGAGCACCU